AUGGCAGAUAUUCGGAAUACCUCACGGAAAUUCAAGCGGACGUCAAACGCAUGCAUUGCGUGCCGUACGAGCAAAAUCAAAUGCACCGGUGAAGAGCCAUGCGCCAACUGUCAGCGCAGGCGUGUCGAGUGUCGUUUUGUAGAAGGUGUGAAUAAAGUCAUUGUCACUGAGAGAUAUCUGCGAGAGCUACAGGGUAGAGCUAGCAAGCGCCAAGGGCAGGAUACCGACAUCCAGCCGGACAGACAGUCGAUCAAGCGGACCUCAGCAUCGGCCUUCGGGUCGGAUGCAGAUAUUGAUGUUUCUCCGUCUGCAGAAAACCCGACACAACUGUAUACGGCAAGGACGAUAUGGACAAGCCCAUUUACGCUCCCAUCACGAGUGAUAAAAAAGAAUGAUGGUACCAAGCGAAAAUGGAGUACGUCUCUCAUCCCCAAUACCGAUACCUUCUUCAACAUGAUUAACACGAUAAAACUAUCAGCCUGGCUCGCUCCGACCUCGACGUGGUCAUUCACAGAGCGGUUGAAAUUCAUGAUCGCCGAGAAACUCCAAAUUGUAUCGCACUGCAGCGCGCCAGAUUUAUUUGACGGCGAUCUGUACCCUAUUCACUGGACUCCCAUGUCGGUGAAUGAGCACCCUGACGUCAGCAAUCUUCCGUCAAUGGACUAUGCACUCUACCUGUUUAAUACUGUCAAGUUCCAUCUGGGUCAUAACUUCCGUCUUCUCGAUGAAGCCAACUUUGUGCAUCAUACCCAGCAGUUCUACCGUGGAGACGCGGCAAAGGAGGCAAGUAAUAACCGGUUAUGGUUCGUUCAGUUUCUACUAGUCCUUGCGUUUGGGAAUGCAUUCCUUUUGCCCAUGGGCUAUCGUUCAAGUGGCGACAACAAAGAGCCACCAGGGGCAAAGUUCUUUGUGCGGGCUGUGAGUCUAAUGCCUGAUCCGACAACGUUGUCCCGCAGCGGUUUCGUGGCCAUUGAAGUGCUCGCGUUGACAGGGUUGUAUCUGUAUUGCAUCGAUCAUCGAUCGUCAGCAUACUCUUAUAUUGGGCACGCCAUUCGUAUAGCACAAAUGGAUGGUAUGCAUACUCAACUCCCCGAAGAUGAGCUCGGAGCGGAGACUGUCGCCCGAUCGCGGGAUCUUUGGUGGACGCUUUACGUCCUGGACCGGCAUAUCUCAUCAUCAGUUGGUGCGUCCAUGACUCUUCAGGAUAGUGAUAUCACCACCCUCCUCGACCCACCUGGGACAACAACGCAGAGCAAUGCCACGCUUGGCCUUUUAGUGAGAUUGUCGCAUCUGCUUUCUUAUAUCCUCUCUUCUAUAUACAAAUGCAGUCAAACCCAGCUGGGGACGUUCCUCGAAACCACCCGAUCGAUCUUACAAGUCCUUGCGAGCCAAGCCCAAGACAUCGAGGGCAUCAUUGAAGUGAAUUUCCAGAAUUCAGUAGACGCCAUGUCGAAAGGGACGAGGCAUGUCACGCUGCUAUAUCACCAGUGUGUAAUAGUAGCCACGCGCCCCUUGCUACUAUCAGUUCUGAAAGAGCGACUGGAUCGGCUGGGUCACGGACCGGAAGAUUGGCAGAGCAUUGUGGCCCCUACCGAUGGUCUGAUUCGGGCGGGUAUCAAGUCAGCAAUCAAAACGCUGCAGAUACUCAUGGAUGAAGACAAUCUACUAGACGUUUUCCUACCCUUCGACAUGGAAUUUACCUACGGCGCAGCAAUGCACAUUGCCAUGGCUGGUGCCGUCUUUCCCAACGUUACGGAGGGCGAGAAUCAAAAUUGCAUGAACGACGCACACUUGAUUCUUGACCAAAUGAUCCAGCGCGGAAACAAACUCGCCGCAGCGCGCAAGUCCGAACUUGUCCAGCUCGAAAAGCUCUUCCGGGAAGUAGCAGAGCGGAUCGAGAGGCGGGGACUUGAGACACUUACUCUACCCACUUCUUUGGCUGCGGUGCCACCGCAGUCUGAGCUAGGCUCGGAUUAUCUGAUUGCGGGCCGUGUCGAGCGCUCCCAAGAGCCGGGAGAUUUGGCAGCUUGUCCAGUACCAUUAACUUCGGUCCCAGGGUCUCCGUCUGUCCUGGCUCAAGCUUCUAGCCUCGGCUUUCUGGACAGUAUCGGGAUUUCCUCGUACGAGUUUUUCUCGCUGGUAAAUCAGAUUGGGCAGACGGAGGGGUGUAGCGUUUUGGAUCCAGGAGUGCCACAAUGGGAUGGAUGA